AUGGAAUCAAUCCUGGCAAGAGCUUUGGAGUAUACUCUCAAAUUCUGGCUCAAAUCUUUCACCCGAGACCAAUUCAAGUUGCAGGGUCACACCGUUCAACUAUCUAAUUUAGAUAUAAACGGCGAGGCAUUGCAUUCCAGCGUUGGAUUGCCGCCGGCACUCAAUGUAGCUACAGCCAAAGUUGGAAAAUUGGAGAUCACGCUACCGUCCGUGAGCAAUGUACAGAUAGAGCCAAUCAUUGUGCAAAUUGAUAGGCUCGAUUUGGUUUUGGAAGAGAAUUCUGAUUUUAAACCAUCUGAGACUCCAAAGACUUCGACCAGUUCCACACCUUCAGGGGCCUCUGCCAAGGGUAGCGGGUAUGGUUUCGCUGAUAAGAUUGCAGAUGGAAUGACAAUACAGAUUCAUACAGUUAAUCUGUUGCUUGAAACUCAUGGAAGUGCUUGUCUCGAAGGGGCAGCAACAUGGGCACCACCCAUGGCAUCUAUAACAAUACACAACCUUUCUCUGUGUACCACAAAUGAAACCUGGCAGGUUGUAAAUCUUAAGGAGGCACGGGAUUUCUCAUCUAAUAAGAAGUGUAUUUAUGUCUUCAAAAAAUUGGAAUGGGAAUCAUUAUCUAUUGAUCUUUUGCCUCAUCCUGACAUGUUCACGGAUGCUACUUUAGGCAAUUCUCAGGUAGGUUCAAACCGGAGAGAUGAUGAUGGUGCAAAGAGAGUAUUCUUUGGAGGCGAGCGUUUUAUAGAAGGAAUAUCAGGAGAAGCAUACAUCACCGUUCAGAGAACUGAAUUGAACAGUCCACUUGGGCUCGAGGUUCAGUUGCAUGUUACAGAAGUCGUUUGCCCUGCAUUAAGUGAACCAGGGCUACGUGCGCUUCUUCGCUUUAUGAUAGGAAUAUAUGUUUGUCUAAAUAGGGGAAAUGUAGAUUCUCAGCAGCAAUCUACUGAAGUUGCUGGGCGUUCUCGUGUGUCAAUUGUUGUGGAUCAUAUAUUUCUCCGCAUUAAAGAUUUUGUUAUUGGCAUUAUCUGGCAGGAUUCCAGCUUGAGCUAUUAA